GCACGACUCAGUCCAGCCGUGGUAACUAGGUUAUAUACUUCCGUUUCUGUGUCAUCUACCACGGGAUGGGAAAAGCUGUCAGCACCACUGCAAGUUAUCCUUGUAACUAAACUGCACAGACUGGAAAAUCAUUCCAUGGUAAUACCUCUCGGAUCACUGAGCUUCCUCUAAUACCAGACACAGCUCCCCCUGCAUGAUGCUGGCUUUUAUGUGUCUGUGUCUCCUGCUGGGAUCUACAGCGGCAUCUAGUGUGCAAUCCCGUCUCUCAUCCUUCGUAGGGGAGUAUGGCGCAGGUGGAGGAACUGCCUUCUCUUACUCAUCAGACCAGCUGAAUGGACAAAUAACGGGCCUGCGAGUGAGGGAAAACCAUAAUCACGUCAUAGGCAUCCAGCUGCAGUACGGUGGCAUCUGGGGUAGCUAUUACGGGAACCCCUCAGGUACUCUCCUUGAGGUCAUACUGCAUCGGGGAGAAACCAUCACGCAGGCAUCGGGGAAAGUGGCCUCUUACGUUAACGAGCUGGUCUUUGUGACAAGUAAGGGAAGAGUCCUUAAAUUUGGCCAACCCUCGGGCAAUAGCUUCAACGACUUCCCUCUGUAUGAAGGCUCUGUACUCCGGUACGUGAGUGGCCGGUACUCCUCUGUCAUACACAGCAUUGGUUUCCAUUGGGGCACCCAGCCAAGCUGUGUGUACUGCAAAGAUGGAGCCAAGUAAUGGGACACGAAGAACUCAAGUGGAUUCCCACACUGCCGAAGGUCCUCCAUCACUGUCCUCCUAUCCUGUAGGUGUUAUGUCCCAUGAAUGCCCAAUCUCCCCCCAACCACCCCUUGUAUAUCCUGACCUGUCUACAUCUAUUUUAUAGUAAAUUGAUUUGUU